UCGCCUUCCCGUUUUCAAGGCCGUACCGUACCCAUCUUCCCUAAUAUAACAGCAAGACGUGAAGGUGAUCGAUGGCCAUGGACAGCACCAACGGCGAGUGCUCGUCCCCCACCGCCAGCGCCGUCGGGCUUCUGCCGCUCUUCGGCUCGUCGCGGCCGCCGCCGCAGGCAGAGAGUCUGGAGGAGAAGCUGAGGCGGGUGAGCGAGGAGAACCGGAGGCUGGCCCCCGCGCUGGACGCCAUACUCUCCGCCGACCGCUCCAACCACCCGCGAGCGCUCGCCACGUCGCCGCCGGCCCAGCAGCAGGGCAAUGCGGCUUUGACGACGCAAGCGGCCACCGGCGUCGUCGUCACCGCGGAGCCGCGGCACAAGGUCCGCACGGUGCGCGCGCGCGCCGAGCCCGCGGACGCCGACGCCAACCACCUCAAGGACGGCUACCACUGGCGCAAGUACGGCCAGAAGGUGACGCGCGACAACCCCUACCCGAGAGCCUACUUCCGCUGCGCCUACGCUCCCUCCUGCCCCGUCAAGAAGAAGGUACAAAGGAGUGCAGAUGACAAUUUGAUGCUGGUGGCGACGUACGAGGGUGAGCACAACCAUGAGCAGCAUGCCCAGAGCGAAUACUCCUACAUCAACGACGCAUCGACGACGAGCCAGCAGCAGCAGCCCCAGGCCGGCGGCUCGUCGUCGUCGACACUGCCGUGCUCCAUCAUCUCCAUCAAUUCGCUGGGCCGGACGAUCACCCUUGGCCUGGCCGACCAACGGCGGCCGGGAUCGAGUUCGAAUGCUGAGGCGGCGGCGGUCGUCGUCGGCGAGAUUGUAACGCCUGAGCUUCGAAAGGUUUUGGUGGACGAGCUCGCGAGUUUGCUCAAGAAUGAUCCCGAGUUCAUCGAGUCGCUGGCGACCGCCGUGGCUGAUAGGGUGAUGGAGAGAAUACCAGCAGCAGGGCACAUACUCUGAUGCAAGACUAUAUAAAUUACGCUCGUGGAUGGAUGCAAAAAUAAAUGUGAAUACACUUUUCAUUUCGCCGUUGGAAAAACACUAAUAAUAUGCCUAUGUAACAUAAACUUGUAUACUUGCCAUCACAAACUACAAAUUGAAACCCACCUGACUAAAACAGUAUAUCUAAUAUGCUGUUUUAAAGGGAAGAAACAAAAUAGAGUAUGUGAAAUAUAUAGUUAUAUUAAAAUAAGGCAUUAUGAAUCUAGGUUUUGAUUUUCAAAUUUUA